AUGAGAAACCUAAAGACUGUUGCAUAUCAUGAGACCAGGCUGAAAAAUGACUUACCGCUGACCGCAACUGCGUGGGAUGCUGGAAACAACACGAUUAUCUGUGCCUUUGGCCCUACCCCAACACAGCCCAUUAUCGAACUCAAAAGGAGAGGUUCUACCUAUUCUUCUGAAGAAGAUCUUCUGAGCAUAACAUCAUGGGAUGCUCCAUGCCCUCUGCCAGAUCUCGAGUGCGACGAGAUUCUGCUUCUGCAGCAUUUUACCGAUAUUGCGACCUCAUGCCUCGUCCUGGCUGGCGGAGACAUCGUUGUUGUUCGUGAAGAACCCUCGCCUGAUCAAGAAAAGAUUGAAAUCAUUGGCAGCAUUGAUGUUGGUAUUUGUGCUGCUGCCUGGGCUCCAGACGAGGAACUCCUUGCCAUCGUCACCCGAACCGAUACGCUGGUGUUGAUGAGCAGGAACUUUGAGCCGCUAAACGAAACCACACUAAACCCGGAGGACUUGAAGGUGUCCAAACAUGUUUCAGUUGGAUGGGGCAAGAAAGAGACCCAGUUUCAAGGCAAAAGGGCUAAAGCGCUGCGAGAUCCUACCAUGCCCGAGACUGUCGACGAAGGCAAGCCAAGUCCAUACGAGAAUGGAAAGAUUACUGUCAGCUGGCGAGGAGACGGCCAGUACGUGGCUAUCAACAGCAUAGUACCGGACCAUCGCCGAGCCAUCAGGGUCUUUUCCCGCGAGGCCGUACUAGACAGUGCAAGUGAGCCGGUCGAUGGCAUGGAGUCUGCGCUGAGCUGGAGACCAUCCGGAAAUCUCAUUGCUGGGAUCAAACGAUCAGGAAACCAGGUCGAAGUCGUCUUCUUCGAGAGGAAUGGUCUCCGGCACGGUCAGUUCGAUCUCAGAUUAACCGAAGAGGAAAUGAACAGCUGGGGAUCCGAGAUUUCUCUGUCAUGGAACAACGACUCGAGCGUGUUGGCUAUCUCUUUCAAGGAUAGAGUACAAUUCUGGACGAUGGGCAAUUACCACUACUACUUGAAACAGGAGAUCCAACUUGAUUCCCACAUGGCCACGGCUCCCUUGAGAUGGCACCCAGAGUCGCCUCUAAGGGUGUCUUUUGGAGCUUCUGAAUACUUCCUUGAUCUGACAUUCCAAUUCGCGGUGACCCGAGGAAGCAUUGUUCCUCCAUACGACCAAGGGAUUGUCAGUGUUGUUGACGGCAAAACACUGAAGGUCACUCCAUUCAAGCAGGCCGGCGUGCCUCCACCCAUGUCAUUCUGCGACGUUUCUUUCGGCUUCAACGUCCUUGAUUCUACUAUCAGUCGGGAUGGAAAGAGAAUCGCGGUUCUGACGACAGACACGGUUGAGCUGUGCCAGUGGGCUACUAGACCGACCCCGAAAGGCGAGGUCAAAUUCACCCCAGAAAUCCAGAGCCAUUCCAUUGCGCUUCCACGCGAAGGGCUUUCAUCUCAGGGCCUUCGAUAUACUCAAGUGGUCCAGAAGGACAACGGGGUAUUUAUCCUUGCACCUCCUCAGGCCAAUCGUGGAGCGACUUGCCACAAAUUGAUAUGGGGUGAUGACCCAGUGUCCGCGAGCUUUGAAAAGGUCUCGGUACCCAUUGGGUGCCAGAACCUGCUUGUCGAUAUCUUCUUCGAGUCGCUCUUCUGCACCGAUCCGAGUCAAAAUGCCACACUUUUAUUAUCCGAAGGCCACGACCACAGUGUCGAACAGACUGGGCUCAACGGAUGUCGACCAAAUACUUCCCUAUUCACAAUCCAGAGCAGUGCAGCUAAUGGAGAAAUGAACGGACACACCACUCAACAUCACAGAGUAUCACUAACCCCUAAGGGAAAUCUAUAUGUGGACGACACUCUUCUCGUCCGGGAAUGCACGUCAUAUAUUCUUACUUCAGCCCACCUAAUUUUCACGACCUCACAACACCUUCUCAAAUUCGUCCACUUGGCCGAACCAACACAGAUGCAGGUCCCAGGGGACAUGCCGGAAAUUGAUGAAAGAUGUCGAAAUGUCGAACGCGGUGCUAAAAUUGUCACUGUCAUUCCGUCCGGCUACGCCUUGAUAUUGCAGAUGCCGCGCGGGAACCUCGAGACCAUUUAUCCUCGCCUGCUUGUCUUGACUGGAAUCCGUCACCACCUCAAGCAACAGGAUUACCUAACUGCAUUUCUGGCAUGUCAGACACAUCAGGUUGACAUGAACAUUCUGUACGACUACGACCCUGAGACUCUCCUGGCAAAUGUGCCCAAAUUCAUCGAUCAGCUAAAGAAACCAAGCCGUGUGGACGAGUUUCUGUCGAAAUUGAAACACGAGGACGUGACCCAGACGCUCUAUCGAGACACGCUCACCGCGCAGCCUCAAUCUCAGCCUCAGCCAGAACCCUCCAAGGCUGUCGGCGAUAGCAACAAAGUGAACCGUAUAGCCGAUGCGUUCAUAUCGACCCUAGCACACAAGCCGGCUGCAUACCUUCAAAACAUCAUCACGGCGCACGUGUCGAAACGGCCGCCCGACUUGAACUCGGCACUAUCGCUUGUCUCGUCGCUGCGCCAGUCCUCGGAAGAGGAAGCCGACCUGGCCGUCGCCCACCUCUGUUUCCUGACGGAUGCCAAUCGCCUGUUCGACGCUGCGCUGGCACUGUAUGACCUUGAUCUCACGCUCUUGGUGGCACAGAACGCCCAGCGCGACCCCAGAGAGUACAUGCCGUUCCUACAGACACUGCACGACCUACCUAUGCUUCGACGUCGGUAUCAGAUCGACAACCACCUUAAAAGGUACCACAAGGCGUUGGUGUCGUUGCACGCCCUUGAAGCCCACGACGAGGUGAGAACGUACACCAUCAAGCAUAACCUCUACACCACCGCCAUGGACCUCUACAAGUACGAUAAAGAACAUCUAGAAGGUACGGCACGGCUGUACGCCGAGCAUUUGGCAAGCCAGUCCCAGCACGCCUCAGCCGCGACUUUAUUCGAGUCGCUUGGAGAGUAUGAGGCCGCGUACCCUCUGUAUGCACUGGCUCACAAAUGGCGAGAAUCGUUGACCUGUGCGACCCUCGUGCCUCUAGAGCGCGACCGACUCAUCGACCUUGCCUCAUCUCUCGUCACGACCUGCGCCGACGUCUUGCGCGAUUAUCGCUCCGCCGCGACCAUCCACAUUGACUAUCUGGGCGACAUCCCUGGCGCGGCCAGGCUGCUCUGCAAAGGCUCCUACUUCGCCGACGCCUCGCGCAUCUUAGCCAUGAAGGGCCUUGUCUCCGACCAACCGGUGAUUGUCGAUUCUGGACUGACCGAAAAGUUUGGCGAGAUUCUGGAACUAGUGGCCGACUGCAAGGCGCAAUUGCGCGCCCAGAUCCCGCGCAUCCAAGAACUGCGCAGAAAGAAAGAGGAAGAUCCGCUGGCCUUCUAUGGAGGCGAUCCCAGCCUCAUGGACGCUGGCGGCGUAGACAUUCCUGAUAACAUUUCUCUGGCCGGCACAGAUGCAACCACGGUUGGUGGGCAGAGCUUGUUUACGCGCUAUGGCUCCAACGCGAGCAAGUUUGGCGGGACGGUCGCUUCGAACGUGUCGCGCAAAACGUCCAAGACGAAGCGACGUGAGGAGAGAAAACGUGCCCGUGGCAAGAAGGGGAGUGUUUACGAGGAAGAAUACCUUGUGGCCAGUGUCGGACGACUGAUUGACAGAGUCAACGGCAUGCACGACGAGGUCAAACGCUUGAUAGGUGGCCUUUUAAGACGUGGCAUGCGUGAUCAGGCGGCGAAAGUAGACGAAGUCAUGAAGGAUCUUUGUGACCAAUGCUCCAAAGACAGAGUCGAAGUUUGGCAGCUCCCUCAGGGGGAGAAAAUGCAAUCAGAACUGGGCCACGAUGUACAAGGCGAGGGUCGACCUCCCGGAGCUGAUGGUGUAUUCUGGGAUAGCCAACAGGAAACUCAGAAGAAGAAAGAUGCGCCUGAAAUCAAAGUCUGGGCUCCGAGCGAACUGCUUACAUCCUAG